AGAUAGUAAAUCCUGGCUCCAGCACUGAGAGUGGGGAUAUUUUCAUCCAAGGAGGGAGCGUCACUAUUUCACAACUGCAUUUGAACAUGGGACAUAGAUGAGACACAUAUGGCUUGUUUUUUUUCUUAUCCAACACUGGAGUUGCUCAACUGUAAUUGAAUUGUUCCCUGAGAUCCACCAACAUUUUCAGGAUGACCUGGGGGAAUGUGAGGGAGACAAGCCUGUGUCAGCAGACUUUGGCCUUACUGUGGAAGAACGUGCUUCUCAAAUGGAGGAGAAAAUGGCACAGUAUUCUUGAAUGGCUGCAAGACUUAGCAUUUGUUUUGUUGAUGUUCAUCAUAUCAGCUAUAACAGCAUCUCCAUAUGUGAGCAAUACGGAUUAUGCUCCUGCAGUAGACUUUGGACGUCUGGAUGAGUAUACAAGGGUGAAUUUCACAGUUGGUUUUGUACCAUCUCCCGUGACAACAGAUAUAAUGCAGAAGGUGUCCAAAAGCAUCAUUAUACCAGAUGUAAUUAUUCAGGAAUUUCAAGAUGAAGAACAACUAACACAAGCUGUUUACAAUAGGUCUGUGGUUGGAGUAACGUUCGAGGAUAAAUUUAGCUACCAUAUCAGAUACCCUAAAUCCCAAAUAACAAGGCCAAAUGACUACCUGGAAUUCAUGGGUCGUUGUGAAGGAUCUUAUGGCUACUGUCAUCCAGGACAAUACUGGAAACAAGGAUUUCUAUCUCUGCAAGCAAGUAUUGAUUCUGCUAUAAUAGAACUAACCACCAAUCAUUUGGUAUGGGAAAACAUGGCUUCCAUUGUAGCAACCAAGAUGAACUUCUUCAGUAAUAUGUACAGACAAAACAUACAAACAGUUACAUUAAGUUUUGCCAUUGCUAUGUGUUAUGUCUCGAUGACGUACCUCUUGGCCAUUUAUGUCACAAGGGAGAGGAGUGAAACGAGAGAGAUCAUGAAGAUGAUGCGGGUGAAGGAUUUAGCAUUUUGGUUAUCCUGGGGCUUGCUGUAUUCUGGUUAUGUGUUGAUCUUGGCAAAUCUGAUGACUCUAGUAACAAAAUAUUUUAUGUUAUUGGAGAGCUCCUAUGGUGUAGUUAUGUUCCUGUUUUUCCUUUAUGGAAUAUCAUCAAUAUGUAUCACUUUUAUGCUGAGUGCCCUGUUCCGGAAUCCCAGAGUGACCGCAAUUGCUGGAUUUUUCAUAACUCUCUUCUUCUCUGCUCUGAGUCUCCUUCUUUUAUCGAGAGACCUUCCCAAAGCUUUUGAAGUAAUUCUGAGUAUUUUCCCACCUUUUGCCUUCUCAGUUGGAUUAAUACAGAGUGUUCACCUGGAGCUUGAUGGUCAAGGUGUCUAUUUCUCGGAUGUGAUGGGAGAUUCAUCUCAUUUAUUAAUCAGCUUCUUCAUGCUAAUUUUGGAUUCCAUUUUAUACAUGGCUCUGACACUUUAUUUCGACAAAAUCCUGCAAGAUAAAUAUGGAAUGAAAUACGAGCCUUUGUUCUUUCUGAGGUCUUCAUACUGGUCAAGAGAUAAAAUGAUCCCAACUAAAGCAGACACUGAUGGGAGUGGCGAAAUAGUGAUGCCAGAUUUUGUGGAAAAGGUCCCUACAGAAUUACGUGAAAGAAGAGCUAUAAGGAUCAAUAAUGUUAAGAAAAUAUACACUGGCAAAGAUAAGAAAGAUGAAGCUCUAAAAGGUCUUAAUCUGGAUAUCUAUGAGGGACAAAUAACAUGUGUACUUGGUCACAGUGGAGCUGGAAAAACUACAUUAUUAAAUAUACUUAGUGGGAUCUGCCCAGCCACCAGUGGAUCAGCUACUGUCUACAACUACAAUUUAUUAGAUAUGGAUCAUUUGGAUGAGAUAAAGAAAAGAGUUGGAUUUUGCCCACAGGCUGACAUCAAAUUCGAUCCAUUAACAGUGAUUGAAAAUUUAAAGGUUUUUGCUAAAAUUAAAGGAAUCCCAUCAAAUCAAGUAGAUAUGGAGGUACUAAAAAUCAUAUCUGACUUACAAAUAACUGACAUUCAACAUGUGGAAGCCAAUAAAUUAAGUGGUGGACAGCGGAGGAAGUUAACUCUCGGAAUUUCACUUAUAGGAAACCCACAGAUUCUCCUUCUUGAUGAGCCUACUGCUGGCAUGGACCCGUGUUCCCGACAAAACAUCUGGGCUAUCCUGAAAAGGCGUAAGGCAGAUGGAGUAACGCUUUUCAGCACUCAGUUCAUGGAUGAGGCUGACAUUCUUGCUGACCGUAAAGCAGUCAUCUCCAACGGGACAUUGAAAUGUGUUGGAACAUCCUUGUUUCUGAAAAGAAAAUGGGGCAUAGGAUAUCACUUAAGGAUGCGGGUGUCUCGAUCCUGUGACCAUGAGCACAUUACAUCUCUCAUAAAGCAGCACAUAUCCACCGCUAAGUUUACUGCACGGAAUGAAGAGGAGCUCACAUACACAUUACCCUUUGAAAACAUGGAUUCAUUUUCAGGUCUGUUUUCACAUCUGGACAAACAUGUAGGCCAGGACAUUCUCAGUUAUGGAGUCUCCAUGACAACCCUGGAUGAUGUUUUUCUAAAACUUGAAGGAGGAGCAGAAAUUGAACAAGGAGAUUAUGGGGUUUUUAGUCGAGAGCCUGGUGUGGAGGAAGAAAAAGAUAAUUUUCACGAAGAAAAGGAUGAAUCACUUCUACUGAUGUCAGAUUCUGGCAACGUAACAUUAAGCGGAUGCGCACUCUGGAGACAGCAGGUGUUGGCUAUAGCAAAAAUUCGCUUUCUGAAGUUAAAACAUGAUUCUAAAAGCUUCAGAUCUAUAUUGAUUUUGUUGGUUCUGUUCCUUAUUCCAAUUAUUAUUGUUGCUAUUAUACAAAGUCUUUCUAAAGUUCAUGCAUGGGAACUCACUCCAAAACUUUACUUUCAAAGCCCAAGUAAUCGGAUACACAAAUACUACACCAAUAUUUUGAUCAAUAACAACACAGGUUCAUCUAUUGAUGACUUUGUUGCUGCUCUGAAGCAACAGGAUAUGGUGGUGGAUGUUAUGGACGGCGAAUUUGACAACAGCACAACUGUGUACAGAGGUGCAAUAGAAGUUUCCCUAAAUGAAAAGGGCUACAAUUUCAAAAUUAUAGGAAAUCCCAAAGCUUUAAAUGCAUUGCCUGUUCUCAUAAACAUCAUUAGCAAUGCUUUUCUGAAGACCUUCAAAUCCCCUAAUCACAUUCGUGUUUGGAAUAAUGCGUUAAAUGAUGUAGAAGAAUGGGACGAUAACCGGUACGAAUAUUUUAUUCUGUGUAUUUUUCUAAUGGUCUUUGCUUCGGGUCUCCCACCUCAUUUUGCAAUGAGCAGCACUGAGGAUAACAGGAUCAAAGCUCGUUCCCAGUUGCGAAUUUCAGGUCUAUUUCCAUCUGCCUACUGGCUUGGACAAGCUUUGGUGGAUGUUGUUCUCUACUGGAUCUUGAUUUUUUUGAUGAUCACUAUAUUGUUUGUUUUUAAUCACAGAAUCCAAAUGCAAGCUGUGCUGGUCUUCCAAAUGAUUUUCUGUAUUCUUGUUUAUGGUGUUGCAAUGGUCCUAUACAUUUAUAUCAUCGCUUUUAUUUUUGGGAGAGGAAAAAGCCAUAACGAUGGAUGGUCAUUUUUCUUGGUGAUUACCGCCAUCAUUCCCAUGCUUGUGGCUGACUUUCUAUUUGGUCCAUUCUUUGAAGUAACCCUUCCCUUAAUGAUGCUUUUCCCUGCCAGUACUCUCACCCAGUUCCUGUUCCAUAUAAUCCACAUUCUUGUUUUUAACUUUGCAAUCGACGAGAGUAUCCUGUUUUCUACUACUUUGGUGUCAUCACUUCCAUUGAUACAUAUUUUGCUGUGUAUUGGAAUACUUUGGUUCCUGGAAUGGAAGUUUGGAAGGAGGAGUUUGAAAAGAGAUCCAAUUUUCAGGAUAUCAAAGAGACAAAUAAAAAUCAAAGAAAAUCCAGAAACUUUGGAUGACGCAGAUGAUGAUGUUUUAGCUGAAAAAGAAAUGGUUAAAAACUAUGAAACUCUUACAGCAGAGGAGAAACCAGUAAUCGUUGUUGAUAGUCUGCGUAAAGAAUACAACAUGAAGAAAGGGAGUUCCAUUUUCAAGAAAAAAAUUAAAAAGGCAGCUGCCAAAAAUAUUUCCUUUUGUGUCAAGAAAGGGGAGGUACUUGGUUUGCUGGGGCCAAAUGGAGCAGGGAAAACAACAUCCAUAUAUAUGUUGACUGGAGAAGUGGAACCAACUGCAGGGAAGGUUGUACUUUGUGAGAGUGGCUUGAAUGGGUCUCAGAGCACAGAAGAGUCCACUGGGUUCCUAGGCUACUGCCCACAAGACAGUCCUUUGUGGCCCAAUCUGACUGUGAAAGAACAUCUAGAGAUCUAUGCUGCUGUGAAGGGAAUGAAGAAAGAGGAUGCUGACAUAGCCAUUAAACGAGUUGGUGAAGCUUUGGAGCUGAAAGAUCAUCUUCACAAACCAACUAGAAAACUGUCUGCAGGCGUAUCUAGAAAGGUAUGUUUUGCCAUCAGCAUGCUUGGUAACCCAACUAUAGUGCUUCUGGAUGAACCCUCCACAGGAUUAGAUCCUAAAGGUCAGCAACGGCUUUGGAGAGCAAUUAGAGCGGCUUUCAAAAACAAGGAGAGAGGAGCAAUUUUGACAACUCACUACAUGGAGGAAGCCGAAGCUGUGUGUGAUCGUGUGGCUAUCAUGAUAUCUGGAAAACUCAGAUGUAUAGGGUCCAUUCAGCAACUCAAAAGUAAAUUUGGCAAAGGAUACCUACUGGAGAUCAAAGUAAAGGAUUCCCAUCCAUUGGAGGAGAUUCACAACAAAAUUAUUCGGCUUUUCCCAAAAGCAAUGAGACAAGACAGAUUCUCUUCUUUGCUGGUCUACAAGAUACCGAUGGAUAACGUACAAUCCUUGUCACACGCUUUUUCAGUUUUGGAAGAAGCUAAACGGAUUUAUAACAUUGAGGAGUAUAACUUCUCACAGCCAACACUAGAACAGGUGUUUAUUGACUUGGCCAAAGAGCAAGAAAAGGAUGACUUUGAAUUUGACUUUACAUUUCAAUGGAAACAUCUGAGGACAGAAAGCAUCUAAUGUUUUAGUGAGAACAAAACCAACAGAACAUGAAAAAAGUCUCCGGUUACAUAUCUGGUUAAAUUCCGUACAACUACCCAUAUAAGGAUAUCCAUCUUCGUAUGAAAACUGAUGCAUUAAGACAUUUCUGCCAAAGGCGUUUAUUAUAAAAUAUAAAUAUCUAGGUAUAACCUUUUACAAUCUUAGUUCAUUCUGUGUACAUUUUAAGAAAUGCAAUGGAGAUUUAAGAAAAUGUAAUAAACAUGUUUUAAAUAAACACGACGCAACAACUAGCAAGCAGAUCAUGCAAAACAAAUUUGACAUUUUACUGAAGUAAAACACCCACAACAACUCCAAUAAUUUACAUAAUUCUAGUGUACAAGUUACCUUUUGUAGAAAUGCAUCCAAGAGACUGAUAAAUAAUUCCAUUUGUUAAAGUAAUUUUCUUUUUCUAUAUCAUUGUCAUUAGAUAUAAACUUUUAGAGAUAUAUGAACCUCAAGCUAUGGUGUUAUUAGAUUAUAUACUUCUUAUCUCCACUAGAGGCACUAUUAUUUUUCCUUUACACAAAAAUAAAUAAAACAGUGAUUUAUUUAGUCUUGUAAACUUAAUAUUUACUUCUGAAUUCAAAGAAUUGUAGGUGUAAUACUAAAGUAGAAUGCUGCAAAAUGAACUACCUAAAUAACUAAUCAAUAGUUUUUCAUAUAUUCUGGUGUGAUUAAAUGUGUUAUACUAAAUAAUAUAAAAAUUAUUCUACAUUCAUUUAAAAAUGGUAUGUGUCUAUCCUACCCCAUCGACCUACUAAUCUCUGUUGCCUAUCUUUUUUAUGCUGUCUAGGUAACCUCAGUUACAAAGGGCUGGGUCUAUAAUUCAUUGGCCAGUAAUACAUUUAUUAACUUGUAUGUUAUGUAUUCGUAUAUAAACUUGACAAUACACAUGUAUUUCAUAAUAGAUUAAUGGGCAUACAAUAUAUGAUUUUAGGAUGAAAUGAUAAAAUGAAAAAUAUAUUUUACUAUAUUAUACAAAAUAUUUUUUUAAUAGAAUGCAAUAUAUAUAUAAAACUGAAAUUAUAUUGUUACACAUACUUAACAAAUAAAUACAUGUUUUUGUAA